AUGCCCCUCGACACAGCCGACACCUUCCCCGACCUCCCCCCCGACCCCUCCGAGCCCACAAAAACCUACCCCCAACCCCCGCCCCUCGCCCCCCUCUCCUCCCUCCUCGGCUACACCCCCACCGACCUAGCCCGCUACACCGCCCUCCAACGCACCGCCACCACCGCCCUCCUCUCCCAGCCACUAACCCCCACCGAGGCCGCCGGCCUCACCUACUACGACACCCUCUUCUACACGUACGAAUCCUACGGCGACGUCCUCGGCACCUCCGCCGGCGCCCUCCUGGGCCUGGCCCUGCACACCCGCAAGCCCGGCCGCAUCCCCACGGCCAUCGCCCGCCUCUUCAGCGUCAACCCGCGCUACGCCGCCGUCACGCUGCGCGUCGCCGUCUUCGCCUCCCUCGGCCGCCUCUACGGCCUCACCACCGCCGGCGUCCAGGCGCUGAACCGCAUCCGGCUGGAGCAGAAGAAUGACCCCGACAUGGCGCGCGUGGUGGCUGCGCGCGCGAGGCGGCUGAGUGCGCUGGAGCGCGAGGUGCGGGCGCGCGCGUUUGGUGCGCAGGAGGCGCGGCGCGGGGAGGAAGCGGGGGGGGAGAGGGACGAGCAGAGUCUGGGCGGGAUGGAGGUGGCCGAGUAUCGCAGGCGCAGUGAUGAGGAUGUGGUGAAUGCCGAGCGCACGGCGUUUCCGUUUGGGAGGCCGAGUGAGGCUGUUGCUGCUGCGCAGGUGGGGGAGAGGCAGGGGGAGAACGGGGACGACCCGUUUUUGCUUGUGGAUGAGGAGGGGGGGAAGACGGAGGCGGCGCCGGUGAGGGGCGGGUGGCGCAAUGCCCAUUCGAGCACGGGGGAGAGCGCGUGGGAGCGGCUGAGGAAGGGGCAGCGGCCGCAGGCGGCGGCGGAGGAGGAGGAGGCGCAGUCGCAGGCGUCGCCGUGGCCGCAGAGGGCGCCCAUGAAGGGGUUUGGGGCGGCGGCGGGAGGAGAGCCGAAGACGGAUUCGUUUUCGUUUAGUAGGACGGUGGAGGAGCGGGAGCUGGCGAAGGCGCAGGCGCAGAAGGAGUUUGAUGAGAGUGUGGAGAGGGAGAGGAGGAGUGGGAGUGGGGAGGGGUAUGGUGAGGGGGGGCAGGGGAGGGCGGGGAGGUGGUAG